AUGAGCGUGUAUCAGGCUACUUGUACGGCGCCUGUGAACAUAGCUGUGAUCAAGUAUUGGGGAAAGCGGGACACGAAGCUCGUACUACCAACAAAUGACAGUUUGAGUGUGACGUUGGAUCAGGACCACUUGCGCACAGUGACAACUGCACGUGCUGAUGCAUCUUUUGGCACAGACGAGGCUGGCACUCGUCAGGACAAGCUCUGGCUGAACGGGGCGGAGGAGAGCAUCAAGCCUGGCGGACGUCUGGAUGCGUGCCUGUGUGAGAUGCGCAAAUUACGCGCCGAGCUCGAAGCUAAGGAUCGCUCCCUGCCUCCGCUGUCCAAGUGGGGACUACGGCUUUGUUCUGAGAACAACUUCCCUACUGCUGCAGGACUAGCAUCGUCCGCCUCAGGAUUUGCCGCGCUCGCUGUGUCUGUUGCUGAACUUUAUGGGCUGCGCGCUGUGAUGACAAGCUCACAGCUCUCGAUCAUCGCACGUCGCGGCAGUGGCUCGGCGUGCCGUUCCGUGUUGGGUGGUUUUGUUGCUUGGCAGAUGGGCACUGCUGAUGACGGUUCUGACUCAUUCGCUAUACCUAUCGCUGAGCGCGAGCAUUGGCCGGAUCUCCAUGUAUUGAUCUGUGUCGUGAAUGAUGCAAAGAAAGGCACUUCAUCAACGGUCGGAAUGCAAAACACAGUCGAGACUUCGCCGCUUCUUCAGCAUCGAAUCAAGCAUGUGGUUCCUGAACGCAUGCAGCAGAUGAAUGAGGCGAUCCAAAAGCGGGACUUUGCUGCUUUCACUCAGCUCACGACCGCGGACUCUAAUAAUUUCCACGCCUGCUGCCUGGAUACGACGCCGCCCAUCUUCUACAUGAAUGAUACGUCUCGAGCUAUUGUGCAUGUUGUGGAAGAACUGAAUCGUGCGCGUGCAGAAGCGGGCGAAGACCCAAUUGCCGCGUACACAUUCGAUGCAGGGCCGAACGCCGUACUGUACGUGCGUGAAAAGGACAUGUCAUGUGUUAGGCAAGUCGUGCAGCACUAUUUCCCGGGGGCCACAAUGGAUGACCGUUUGCAGGGGGCUGCUAAUGAUGCAUCAGAGGCCCCAGCAUCAUCCCUUUCAUCAUCCUCAUUAUCACUGCCGCUGCCGUCCUCGUUGCCCGCGACCUUCCGCCCUGACGUUGUGCCAGUGCACCCCGCCGGCAGUGUGCGACGCUUGAUUCACACUCGUGUUGGUGACGGCCCGCGCGUACUGGAACAUGGUCAGGGACCUGAGUCGCUUUUGUCUGCGGAUGGCAUGCCUGUGCACACAAAGUAG